AGAUGGGUCUCACAAUUACAUCAAAAAAGUAGGGAGACGCUAAUGGCUAUGCUAAACGAACCCGUUGCCAUCCCUACUUAGAUGGUGCUGUUUGUGCAGAGGAUUCGCCUACACGAGUACACCCUGCCAACAAACGAGUCGACAACUACUUAGAGCCUUCGUCCUCUUCUCCCUAAUCCCCAUACCCCCAACCCCUUUAAAACCCCUUCCUCUCUCUCUCUCCUAAAUUCAAAUUUACUCUCUCUCUAUAUAUAUUGCUCUGUUUUCAGUACACUUCCAUUUUCAUGGCUUCCUCUGUCUUCUUUAUCUUCCUUACAAUCUUUUUAACAUGCAUUUCUCUCUCCUCCUCAGAAAUGCUACUUCUGCCUCUAACCCACUAUCUCUCUACCACCCAAUUCAACAGUACCCACCACCUCCUCAAAUCCACCUCCACCCGCUCCGCCACCCGCUUCCACCACCACCGCACCCAACGCCAGGUCUCCCUCCCACUCUCCCCCGGCACCGACUACACCCUCUCCUUCUCCCUCGGCUCCGAUCCUCCCCAAACCAUCUCUCUCUACAUGGACACCGGCAGCGACCUCGUCUGGUUCCCCUGUUCCCCAUUCGAUUGCAUCCUCUGCGAAGGCAAAUACAACCCCUCCACCAUCCCCAACCCCACCCCUCUCAACCUCUCCUCCUCCGCCGCCUCCGUCAAGUGCAAGUCGCGUGCCUGCUCCGCCGCCCACUCUUCUCUCCCCUCCUCCGACCUCUGCGCCAUGGCUCGAUGCCCAUUAGAAACAAUCGAGAUAUCGGAUUGUGCGUCCUUCUCUUGCCCACCGUUCUACUACGCUUACGGCGACGGGAGCUUCAUAGCUCGUCUGUAUAGCGACAGUUUAUCGAUACCCAUGGCGUCGCCGGCGCUGGUUCUCCGGAACUUCACCUUCGGCUGCGCUCACUCUGCCCUCGCCGAGCCCAUCGGCGUAGCCGGGUUCGGCCGUGGACUCCUCUCCUUGCCGGCUCAGCUCUCCACCUUCUCUCCCCAAUUGGGUAAUCGGUUUUCUUACUGUUUAGUUUCUCACUCAUUCGACGAGGAACGAGUCCGGCGACCGAGUCCACUCAUUCUGGGUCGGUACUCGCUUGAUAAUAAAGAGAAGAAAGAGAAAGGAGUUGAAAAUGAAAUUGAGUUUGUAUACACUCCUAUGCUUGAUAACCCAAAACACCCUUACUACUAUUGCGUCGGGCUCGAGGCGGUAACCGUCGGGAAGCGGCGGAUUCCGGCGCCGGUGAGCUUGAAAAGGGUUGAUGGAAGGGGUAACGGCGGGAUGGUGGUGGAUUCCGGGACGACGUUCACGAUGUUGCCAGCGGGAUUGUACGAGUCAUUGGUGGCUGAGUUCGAUCGCAGAGUUCGACACGUUUAUAAACGGGCGAGUCAAAUCGAGGACAACACGGGACUCAGUCCGUGCUAUUAUCUUGAUGACUCGGUGGGAACGAAAGCAGUGCCUAUGGUGGUUUUGCAUUUUGUGGGGAAUUCCAGUGUGGUGUUGCCUAGGAGGAACUAUUUUUACGAGUUUUUAGACGGUGGUGAUGAUGGGAAGAAGGGGAAGAGGAAGGUGGGGUGUGUGAUGCUGAUGAACGGUGGUGAUGAAGCGGAGUCAAGUGGGCCCGUGGGGACGCUUGGGAACUAUCAGCAGCAGGGGUUUGAGGUGGUUUAUGAUUUGGGGAAGAGACAGGUCGGGUUUGCGAAGAGGAAGUGCGCAUCUUUGUGGGAUAGCUUGAAUCAGCGCUAACGUGCGCAUCAUGGUAGACAUUGCGACACUGGAUUGACUUUUCCCGGGUCAGGUCAAAGUGUGCGGGUCGGGUAAUUUGUGGUUUGACCGCACGUGGGGUUUUUACAGGCUUGUAAAUGGGUUGGACAUAAGAAAUAAGGAGGGGACCUGUUUGGGUGGUUUGUGAAGGUUAGGGUUACAUAUAUUCCAUUUUUGGCUUCUUGUAUUCUAAUCACACAAUGUAUAUUUUGAAUGUUCAUAACAUAAAAUGAUUGUACUGUGGAUUACAAGAAGCUAAAAUUGGAAGGCAAAUAGAAUAAUAAAAGAUUUAAAUUUGGAAAUUAAAUUUUUUAGUUUUUACUUAAAUUUUGUAAAGACUGGAUUCAUUUUUCACUUAUUUACUAAACAAUCUGGUCA